GCCACGUGGCCACCAAGCGUGCAGCGCGCACCCGCGUUGCAGUUCUGGCCCAGCGCUGGCGUCUGGCGGCUUCAUCGUCGUCCGUACCCUUAUCUGCCUCACCCUGGUCAGCGCCUUCUUGGCUACUAUAUACAAUGUUCACGAAUCAACAACAACGCCCAGCCGCAAGUCGGUCCACUUCGUACCGUGGGGGCAAGCGGGCACUCCUUGGCAACCCGGGUCCUGCACCCGCGUGGCGUAUGAACGCCAGCCCUGCGAAGGAGCAGAAAUUGGGCAGCAAGAUCCUGCUCAGCUACCUGCCGAAAGACGUGCAGGAAGAGGAGAUUCGGGAGCUAUUCAUCAACACAGUAGGACCGCUGAAGGAUGUCCUGAUUGUCUAUAACAGUCAUGGGGUCUCGAACGGGAUGGCCGUUGUUACGUUCCAAAGACAUGGCGACGCAGGCAAAGCACGAGACAAGUACAAUGGCAAGAUAGUUGACGGGAAAAACCCAAUCAAAAUCGAGAUCAUAGUAGACGGCACGCCUGGUACCCUGGCAACCCCAACGCCAUUACAGCCUUCCCUUCUCUCUCGCCUCGGUGGGCCCGGUCCAGCACCCCGCUCACCGACCACACCGCGGAAUCCUCUAAUGACCGCGGUGCCCCCCUCGCUAAAACCGAAACAACAGCUUAGGACUCCGAUCGGACCUGCUGGCCGACGGCGACACCUCAAGAAGGGCGCUAAACGAGUGAAGAAGACGGCGGCGCAACUGGACCAAGACAUGGACGACUAUCGCGCUGGAUCCCACGGCGUUCCCGCGUCAGGGAAGCCUGAAGCCUGAAACCCUGCUCUGGUCCAUACCUAUUGCGACGUCUUUGUCCUGAGGACAUGCGCUACACGUGGGAUAGUCGUGGAUGCGAUAGUUAUACUCGUGCGCGUUUUUACAACGUGUUUUUCUUGCCUCUCUCGCGGCUAUCUUGUGACCAGUUUUGAUGUUGACGCAAUCUACCUCCUUUAGUUGACGUUGGCUUCGGAGUCAGACCGUCGCAUUUGUUCGAGCUGUUGUGCCCUAAUAUAGUGAUUUCGG